ACUCCAAUUCCACCACGUCUCCCUGCCCGGCCAUCUCCCUGUUUCCUCCGUUCCCGCCAAAAUCCUCAUAUCGGAGAGAGAAAGAGAAGAUGGUGGGCCUCACCUUCGACUGCCUGGCCAAUCCCCUGGGCGCCGUACGGCUGACAUUCGAGAAAGCAGUGGCCGCUGCUGUAUCUUCCGGCCUCGAUCCCUCCAUCACCUUCUCCAGCGGCGCUGACUGGGGUGCUCUCGACGUCUUCCGUAACUUCCUCUUCAACCAGGGCGGUCUCUCCCAUGUUCCAAUCCUGGAUCCAACAAAUCUUCAUUGGAUUCAACCCAAUACUUUGGUUCGAUUCCGGGGAAUGGUGCAAGACAUGCUUGGCAAUGAAUUUUAUGUUGGGGCAUUCAAGGAUGGUUCGACGUGGAGAACGAAUAAAUUCACUGAUAUUCCUUCGUAUCCGAUUGCUUCUUCAUCUGAAAUGCGAGUUUGGGAACGACGACUUCUAUACUGCAUUCCAGUCCCAGGGCAGAAUUCAUGGGUUGUGGAGCAGUCCCCUUCUGAAACCAUGAUAAAAAGAUGCAGCAGUUCUUCAUCCCAACAUGGAGAAAAGCGCCCGAGAGAUACAGCUACUGAUCUUAUGGAAUUCGAAGUGUCGAAUCAUGAACUGAUGGAUCCUUCUUCAUUCACCAAGAAGCAGCGAGAAGAUGCACUCCCUUCCCAGUCAUUUCAGACAACACAAGAAUCAGUUUGGGAUACCUGUUCUGAACCAUCGGUGCCUGAAUUUGAUAGGAAUUCCCUUCCAUGUUUAGUUAAGAUAUAUGAUACACCGGAGGCUGAUUUGAAGCUGAACGACGUCUUUGAGUUUAUCGGUGUUUUUACUUUUGAUCCAGAGCUUGCCGUUCAUAAGGAUAAUUCAGAUGAGUUCUCGAAUGGCCUUUGUGAUGAUGCGCUGGUUCAUCUGCCUCCUAGUAAGGUUCCACGCCUCCACUGUUUAGUACACCGGAAGCUGUCAGUUCAGGACUUCCUUCUUAGUCCCCGUGUGAUUGAGCCAGUGCCUAGUUCGGUCAGAGGUAUCCGAGAAGCACUGCUAAGACAUCUCACAGCUGUUCUUGGGAAUGACGGCGUUGCGGCUCAAUGCAUGCUUUUGCAUCUUCUGUCAAGGGUGCAUGCUAGAGUGGAAGCUCUUGCAGUGGGGAAGCUAUCACUAAACUUGACGGGUUUAAGCAGCGAGGCCAUUUCUAUUUUUGGAAAUCAGAUCAGCCUUGCAAUCCAGAGCCUUCUGCCGUUCACACAAUCUAUACUUCUCACGGUGGAAUAUCUCAACACUGCAGCACUCGGGCCUAAAAAAGAUUACAAAUCAAAUAGGCUGCUUACAGGAGUUCUGCAGCUAGCCCAGGGGACCCACCUAAUCAUUGAUGAGACCCAGUUGCAGUCAGGCACUCUCAAUGCCACUGGAGUUGCAAAUGCGCAGUUACUUAAGAAUCUCAUGGAGUCUCAAAAGGUGGAUUACGAGUUUCAGUUCUAUAAAAUGGAAAUGGCUGCCGAUGUCCAAGUACUAAUCCUUUCUGAAGGAAAGUCCAAUAUCUUGCCAGCCGACUUGGUGUUGCCUUUCCGUCCAGCUGCUGUCUCUUCCACCAUAAAUGCAACUACCACUGCUGAAGAAUUGGAAUCAUGGAGAUGGUACUUAGCUGCACUAAGAUCCCUUCCACAUACUAUUGAAGCGGAAAUGCAGAAGACGAUAGAAGAUGACAUGGUUGCAGCUAGACGAGUUGAUCGGAGAUUGGGUAGCGAGGACUUCAGCAGGUGGCUGACGAUGGCCCGGCUAAUGUCUGCGAGUUUUGGCGAAACGAGCCUGUCAAUGGAGCAUUGGCAAAUGGUCAAGGAAUUGGAGAGGCUGAGAAAGGAGAGGCUCAAAUGAGAAUGUUGGGAAGAGCAUAUGGGCGUGGCUGUCCAAUGCUGUAAAUGCUGAUCGCGACCGUCAAGUCAGAUUUGGGGUGUCCAGAGGGGAAUUUUAUGGUUUGGAUACAUAUGCAUGAAAUGUCUUUGGUUAUGGCCGUCCAUUUUUUUUAAUGUUUUGAAGAAAUGUGUAUAUUGUCUUUACUUUUGGAAAGGUAUAGAGCCUUUUGUGCCCCA